GACAAAUAAAAAUGAAUGCUUCUAGUCCUAGGGAUGAUUGAUAAUUUUAUAAAGAGCCCCUAACGGUUUGGUUGGAGUGAGAUCAAGGAAACAGAGAAAAAAUGGCAUCCUCAAGAGCUUGUACCAAACCCAUCAUCUUCCUCUCUGCCUUCACCAAGUCAAAGUUCUCUCAUCAAUAUCAUGUCUCCUUCAUCAACACCACCUCCCACAUACCCAUCUACCCAAAGCUCUCUCAGCAACGUUCCUUGGUGGUCAACAACGUAUUGAAAACAGUUGAGCCGACAGAAAGCUCUUUGCGGAGCUCCAACUCCGAGGAAUUUGGGUCUCUGGGUGAAAAGCCCACCAUCCUGGUCUCCGAGAGACUUGGAGAGGCAGGACUGCAGGUGUUACGCGGUGUUGGACACGUGGAAUGCGCGUAUGAGCUCUCGCAGGAGGAGUUGUGCACGAAGAUCUCGUGCUGUGACGCUCUUAUAGUGAGGAGCGGGACGAAGGUGACAAGGGAAGUGUUUGAAGCUGCCAAAGGAAGGUUGAAGGUUGUGGGAAGAGCCGGCGUGGGGAUUGACAACGUGGAUUUGCAAGCAGCCACCGAAUUUGGUUGCCUUGUCGUUAAUGCGCCAACUGCAAACACUAUUGCCGCUGCCGAGCAUGGGAUCGCUCUCCUCGCUGCCAUGGCCCGCAACGUUGCCCAGGCUGACGCCUCCACCAAAGCUGGAAAAUGGCAGAGAAGCAAGUAUGUGGGUGUUUCCAUGGUUGGAAAGACAUUGGCAGUGAUGGGUUUCGGAAAAGUUGGAUCUGAAGUGGCCAGGCGAGCCAAAGGGUUGGGCAUGCACGUGAUUGCUCAUGACCCCUAUGCUCCUGCUGAUAGGGCACGUGCUAUUGGUGUGGAUCUGGUGUCCUUUGAUCAGGCCAUCACCACUGCAGAUUUCAUCUCCCUCCAUAUGCCACUCACUCCAACUACUAACAAGAUCUUCAAUGACAACACUUUUGCAAAGAUGAAGAAGGGUGUUCGCAUUGUCAACGUUGCAAGAGGAGGUGUUAUUGACGAAGAUGCAUUAGUAAGAGCACUCGACAGUGGAAUCGUUGCUCAGGCUGCUCUUGAUGUCUUCACCGAGGAGCCCCCUUCCAAAGACAGUAAGUUAGUGCAACACGAGAAUGUCACCGUUACCCCUCAUCUUGGAGCUAGCACCAAAGAGGCACAGGAGGGUGUAGCUAUUGAAAUAGCAGAGGCUGUGCUUGGAGCAUUGAAGGGGGAACUUUCAGCCACUGCUGUCAAUGCUCCUAUGGUUGCUCCUGAGGUGUUGUCAGAAUUGGCCCCAUAUGUGGUGCUGGCUGAGAAGCUGGGCAGGCUAGCUGUGCAGUUGGUGUGUGGAGGAAGUGGAAUCAAAUCUGUGAAGGUUGUUUAUCGAUCAGCUAGGGGCCCAGAUGACUUGGACACUAGACUUCUGCGAGCCAUGGUUACAAAAGGCCUCAUUGAACCAAUUUCAAACACCAUUGUGAACCUUGUGAAUGCGGAUUUCAUAGCCAAGCAGAAAGGGCUUCGCAUAAGUGAGGAAAGAGUGGUUGUUGAUUCAUCUCCUGAGCUGCCUGUUGAUUCAAUCCAGGUACAGAUAUCUAGCGUGGACUCCAAAUUUGCGAGUGCUGUAUCAGAGAGUGGUCAGAUAAGCAUUGACGGAAGAGUCAAGUUUGGAGAACCCCACCUGACAUGUGUUGGAUCUUUCGAUGUGGAUGUGAGCUUAGAAGGGAAUCUAAUCCUGUGCCGACAGGUGGAUCAGCCCGGCAUGAUUGGUCGUGUUGGAAACAUACUGGGUGAACAAAACGUGAAUGUGAGCUUUAUGAGUGUGGGAAGGACAUCGCGUAGGAACAAGGCUAUUAUGGCUAUUGGUGUCGAUGAAGAACCAAACAAGGAGGCUCUUGACAAUAUUGGAGCCGUGCCUGCCAUUGAAGAGUUCGUCUUCCUCAAGCUCUAGUACUAGUUGAUAAUGUAAUGGUAUACAAACAAUCAUGCGUAUCUACCUACCAUCUAUGGAUGGUACGUUUUAGAAAGUAAAAUAGCUACUAUUUUGGUUAUAAAGAAAUGUUUUUGUUUUUUUGACAAUUCUCAAGUGCACAUGCACUUCAGAUGAUCUAGAUCUGUUUUUACACCGUAGAAGAGGUAUUUUGAUGGACAAUUUGAGGAAACUUGAAGCUAUGGUAUGUGAAUGUAAUAUAAUUUGGAUUGGAUGAUUCAGAAUAAAACUAGCUGUUUGCAGCUAGUAGUGUGCACCUCUGUGGCCUGUGCAUUGUUUUUCUA